AUGGACGAGAAUGCUGACCUGAGGUUAACAAUCGAAACUGCGCGAAAAAACAAAAAUUGGGCUCGACGAUGCUACGCCUACGAACUGGCUAUGGAGUACUUCUCGCUUCUAGAGCCGGACUGCUAUGAGUUGUGUUCCUAUUGCGAUUCUAUCCCAGAGUUCUUGGAGGAGAAGAAUGAGUGCUGCUUGAUUAGAGCUCUCGGUGCUGUCAAAGUGUUCAUCAGCAGGUGUGUGGAUGCUCCGUCCAUCGCUAGGACGGUCACCAAGGCGAUCAUAGACAAACUCUUCUUCAGUGCUUCUACCAAAAUCAGGGAAAUUGCCACCGACAUAAUUCUGGACUUCAUAGAAUGGGAAGCUUGUAACGGUGUUCUUAAGGAGCUGAUGACAGGAGCACUGAAAUAUGACGGUGUCAGGUCUGAUGAAUGCAUCCGGGUGAUGAGAUACGCUCUCCUGGACUUCGGCCCGCACGUUGUCAGUGUAUAUAAACUUAUCGACUUCAUAGCGGUGCUAGUGAGGAAUAAAUCGUUCCUCAGCAUCAAUGACGAGUGUUCUCAGCUCCUUAUAGUGAUUUAUAAGUGUUUAGGAGCUCAGGUUCGAGUCCAUCUGACUCACAUUUUGGACCCGAAUUAUAUAACAGCCAUAGAAGACAGUUACGAAGAGAUGAGAAACAUCCCUAUUUAUCACUGCAGGUUUGUACGUUACUCAAAAGAUAAUUCCUCGUCUCUUAGAGAAUCUGAUGAAGAAAUGUUUGCAGCAUGUAGAAUAGCUGAGCCAACAUCACAUCCAUCACCAGUCUCCACAAACUAUGAGAACGAAGAGGUGGUUACGGAAGGCGAUGGUUUGGUGUUAGAAGCUGAUCAAGCAUAUGUAAGGGAUUUUGGAAGGGAAUCAUAUUACCGAGGAGGAGAUGCAGGUCCUUUGGCUAAUGAAAACAAGGGUGAUUGGAAUCCUCAGAGGUUCGACAAUGUCGCUAAUUAUGAAGUGGAUUAUGGAAUAGAAGGAGCUAAUCAAAAUCAAGAUGACCAAAUCCGUUUAAAUGCUUACGAUAAUGCAGUAGCUUAUGACGAAUUGGACAAUUCUAAUCGUGCUGAUUCUGUACCAGAAUUGUUAGGCGAUAUUCCAGAUGUGUCUCUUGAGCCUGAUCAUCAACGUUACCAAUGGAAUCCCAACAAUUUCGAACAAGAUCACAUUCAACCUGUUUCUGCAGAGGACAAUUGCUGCCAGACUGAUGGAUAUUCUUUACAGUCUGCAAACCAUUUUGAAGUCAUAAUACAGAAACUGAUGAAUAAGCAUGGAACAAAAAAUGUUUUGGAUUGGUUAUGGGUAAAGUUUAAUUCCGAUCUGAAAACACCCCUUAAUGGUAAUGGAAUAAAAGAAUCAACAGAAAUCAAUCUAUCGCGGAAUUGUCAGUCGCUAGAAGAUUUAGCUACGGGAUUCCUCUCCAAUCCGGAAGAACAACAUAACGCAGGUCGAAGUGGAGGUCAUCAGUUCUCUUCUACGAGUAACAUAGCAAAGGAAAAUAUGGAGGAGGAGACAAUAUGUUUGUCGGAGAGUGAUAGCAUUUCGGAAAUUACUCCCAACCUCUGUUGCUACUGUUUUCAGAAGAAUUCCAUCAGGAGGCUGGCGUCGAAGAAACGUGAUGCCAACAGGCAGGAUAAUCAUAGAACAUCCGAAAACAUUAAGGAUAAGUCUGGAGUAGGGAAUAUCACAAGGUUCGCUGGAUCCAGCGUGGAUAGUUCUGUACACGAAAUAAGAAAAGAAAACAGCCCUUUCAGGUUAAAGAACAAUGGGAACCUCUUUGGGGCGAUGUCCCUUCGUCACAGGGGCUCUGGGGAUGAGCCCUCCCAGCCUGCCCUCAACACCCAGCAAGUUCCAGAAGAAACGACGCGAGGGGAAGUGGAUCAAGAAGGCCGAAGAGUACAAAAAUUAUUUUGCUGCAUAUCUAUAAAUGAUACAAACGAAGAAGCAUUUCAAUUUGAAUCUUAA